UCUCUCUUUGUUUCUUGUAUAUUUGAUUUCUCAUUUCAUUUUAUCUUUCAAAGGCCCUCUCCCUUCCUCCCAUUGCUCAAGUGGGUGUUUUUUGUUUUCUUCUUUUCUCUUUCUCCUUUCUCUCUUUCUUUUCUUGAGAGAGGAAAGGAGAAUAGCUUCAAGACUGCUUUUUCAUCCGUUUUUUGUGGUCUAAUCCCUUUAUUUUCUUGUUAAGAUUCUUUAGAUCGAUCAAGGUCUUUCAUUUCCAUCCGUUAGGACUUCACCAUAAUUUGUACGGAAGUUCAUUCAAGCCCUAAUGCAGGGGCAGAGGGGUACAGUUGGUUCCUUGCCCGAAACCUUCUUUGACCAUGGCUCGACAUCAAGUAAUGCCACUAUAGACCAGCAGGUGUGCUGGAAUAAUAUUCGAAAUCCUAUGGAAAACCGACUGCCUGAUUGUUUGCUGUCACCUAAUGACAUGAACAUUGCAUACGUGAACUCUAUUGGUCGAGAGGAGCAGGAGCUGGGCAGAUGGAGCUUGGGAGAGCCUAGCUCUAGUGGCACACAGAAUGAGGUCAUUCGUAAUGAGCGGAAAAUAGAACAUGGAUGGUCAUCUUCCAUGAGUGCUUCUGGAAAUGCUGGUCCCAGAUUAGAAGAGCGGCGGUAUGAACAGAACCCUCAACUUGUCCAAAGUCCCAACGCUGGGACUGUUCCCCAGAAUCUCAACUUAAAUGCAGGCCUAGUGGGUCACGGUGAUGAUAUCUGUCAAGUUACAGAACGAUCUAAUCUAUAUAAGCCUAGUGGAUCUGAAAAUGAGCGGAUAUCACCUGGUGCUGGUCCUGAAGCUUUUCUACUUUCUUCUGGAAGUGGUGGGUACGCUGUAGAUGGUAAUAGUAGCGGACCUGGUUGUUCAUAUGAGGGUCGACGUGCAUCCUGCAAAAGAAAGGCUCUUGAAGGAAAUGUUGGGCAGUCCUCUUCAAGUGGAAGUUCUAGCUACUUUCAUUGUGCAGAAAGUAGUGCAUGGCAUGGAGUUUCUGCUAGCUAUAAUGCAGGAAGUAGUGUGAAUAUAUCUGCCCCGUCAGGACAGGCACACCCUAGACUUGGAUUAGAUGUAAGAGGAUCAGCUUCUGACAGCAUCCCUGAACAAAUCGUUUUACCAACUGCAGAGAGCUCACGCAGGAAUUUCCGGCCGAGAAUAAAUCCUUCAAGUAUACAAGAACCUAUUGCCCCUCCUAUAUUUUCUGCAGGUGAUAUGGCCAGGCAGUCUGUUGUUUCAUCUUCGCAGCAGUCAUCAAGACUUCUUCCAACUGAUCAUUCUCUGGACUUACGGUCAGCACCAGUGGUAGAUAAUGCAAGUCCUCAAGACCAGAAUGUCUUAAUUCAUGUUCCAUCCUUGCCGCGAAAUGUGCAGCCAUUUAGGUGGAAUGCAGGUUCUGGCUCAAGAACUGGCAGUUCAUCAAGUUCUAAUGUAUCUGGGGAGAGAGAUGUUGUCCCACGAGACGAACAUCAAUCAAGAAGCAUGGCUAGAAACCUAUUAGAUCAUCCUAUGUUUGUUCCUGCACCUGAGGUGAGAACUGUAGUUAGAAAUCCAACAAAUCGAGGUUUAAACAGUGGAAAUAUAAGUGUUUCUGGAAAUGUUGCUUCUACAUCUCGUGCUGGCUCAAGUUCUGGUGCCAAUGCAUUGUCCGCUUCCACAUGGGUUCCUCAUCCCAACCCCUCUACGCAAUACCCUCGGAGAUUGUCAGAACUUGUUCGUCGAUCAUUGAUGUCUACCCUUGGUGCUGAGUCUGGAGGGCAGGGCAAUCAUUCUUCACUUUCUCCGGGACCUCCUACUUCUCCAGAAGAGUUGCUGCUUUCCUCCGGAGUAGCUAAUCAGGGGCACCAUCGUCCAUAUCCUAGGUCAAUGUCAUGGAUGGAGAGGCAAGAUGCUGGUUUGCUUGGAAUUCCCCAUUCACUCCGAACUUUAGCUGCUGCCACUGAAGGAAGAAGCAGGCUUGUUGUGUCUGAGAUUCGCAAUGUCUUGGAUCUCAUGCGUAGGGGUGAGAACUUUCGUUUUGAGGAUGUUAUGAUCCUUGAUCAAUCAGUAUUUUUUGGGGUAGCUGAUAUUCAUGAUCGGCAUAGAGAUAUGCGGCUCGAUGUUGAUAACAUGUCGUAUGAGGAGUUAUUGGCUCUGGAAGAGCGCAUUGGUAAUGUGAGCACAGGGUUGAGUGAAGAAACUAUACUAAGCCGUCUGAAACGGCGAAAGUACUCUACUGCACCAGUAACUCAGUUAGAGGCAGAACCAUGUUGUAUUUGUCAGGAAGAAUAUAAUGAUGGACAAGAUCUUGGAACACUGGAAUGUGGCCACGACUUCCAUGCUGAUUGCAUUAAACAAUGGUUGAUCCACAAAAAUUUGUGCCCCAUUUGCAAAGCAACGGGUCUGAAUAAAUGAGACAACCAUUGGUUUUCAGGAAACUAGUUCUUCCUCAGGUCAGAGGAAGAAAGACUAGGAUUGCAAAUUUGUGGCUUCUGUAAUCAUUGAACGUGAUCCUUCAAGUGUUGCCAUAUGUAGCCUUUACAGUUUUUAUCCUGAGAUAGUCCAUGGCACUUCUAAUUCAAUAGCUGGAGGCAUUUUUAAUUGCAAUUCUGUCAAAACAAAGCAAUCAUGAGGGUGGAUGACACAAAUGUCUGAAGCACUGGGAACGGAAAGCUGGUUUCAACAUUUUUCAUUUUAUCACUGCACUAUUAGUUUAUGUAUGAAUCUUAGCCCAUUGGCGACAUAGAUUAUUGAAUACUUCAUUACAUUUUGAUGUUCCUCUUAAUUUUGGUUCUCUUUUUGUUUUGGUGGGGGGAGGGGCUGACCUUAUGGAUACCCCAAGGCAGGUCAAGUGAGUGGUUCCUUAUAUAACUUUUAUUUGUUGGAUUGA